ACUUAGAUUUUGUAGUGAUCGCUAUGCCGCUAUGAUAGCAGGCUCAGAUGUUAUAGUGAUGGCUUAAGCCGACACUGUGCUCAUGUAAAACUUGCGUGUCAGUGUAUUUACACUCCGCGAUCCUGUGAUGAUUAUUGUAUUGACAAUGCACCUCUAUAUAUCAUAUUGCCGAGUUUAACCCUAAACUCGGCAAUCCAGGUCAUGUACAUCUGCCAAGCGGGUGCCUAGGACCUCAUAUAGAACGUACAGUGACCACAGGGAAAAGAACCCUGUGGCUGUCCGGGUAACCAAGUGGACAUGCGUUUUUCAGGUUCCUGGAAAUGACUGUGUACAAGCAGAGGUUGUAUGAGGUUCGAGCCUCUAUGGGGUGGACAUAUCGCCAAUGCAGUUAGCUCAACUGCACAGCAGCCUACAGCAUCAGAAGGCCAGAGCCGCCAGUUAUGCGAGAGCUUUGUGUGGCCUGAAAAGAUCAUUAUACAACGGCAGGAGCUCAGUAAGGAAUCACAUUGACUCUUUUUGGUGGAAACUGAGAAGUUAUGAUAAUCGUGGUGAUGGGAGUGAGCGGAUCUGGGAAGAGGAGGAGGAGGACAAAGGCUACUCCCUUGUGUGCUCUGGGAGGAGACAAGCCUAAUGUGUGUAGUGAAGGUUCAUAUUGAGAACACAGGUUGGAUUCAUGCAGGAUUUGUGCGCUUUACGAACUGAAGUAGGGUCACUUCUGGCAGAUCAGAAACAAAUCUAGGUUCUCUUUGGGAUCCAGCAAUGGAUUAGAGUGUGGAGACGUCAAAGUGAGCACUUCAAUUCUGCCUUUGAUGUGAAGUAACACAAUGCCCCUACUGCUGGGGUAUCUGGGGAGCCACUGUAUAUGACAGUAGAAAUAUGAGAGAUACUUACUGCUCAGAGAUUUGCCAACAUAAGAAUGCAGGAUCUACAGUCCCAGCUUAAACUUCUGUGUGCAAAUGAAGUGCAGGAUGCUCUACGGAACUUGUAUGCAUCCAUGACCAACUGUAUCUCAUCUUGUAUCCAGGCUAGAGUUACAAUGUAAGUUCUAUGAUGCAGAUGAUUACCAUCCUGUGGAAAAUAAAAGGAAGAUGUCUCAAGGGAUACCAUUAAAUGACCAGGACAGGUUUCCUUGGUUGUGUUCAAUGCAUGAAUUAUUAAAAAGAGAAAAAGCCUGUGGUCAGCAUGUUGUACUGGCAUGUUCUGCACUGAAGAAAGCCUACAGGAAAACCCUGACAACUGGUCAAAAGCCUGAAGGUCAAUGCCAGCACAAAGAAGAUGACAUUUCUUCACGUACAUUGUUCAUCCAUUUGCAAGGUUCAAUGGAACUGAUAUCUGAACGGAUGCAGAAAAGGAGAGGACAUUUCAUGCCAUUAACAUUACUACAGUCCCAGUUUGACACACUAGAGCCUCCAGAAGCACCUGAGCUAUUCAUGACUGUAAAUGUUCAGAAGAACGUCUUAGAAAUAGUAUGUGAAGUAAAGGCUGAGCUGGAGUCUAAGACACCCAGGCACUCUUAUUGAAGAAAAUCUGUUACAAAAUCCAUUCCAGGUUUUAAGUUUUACGAAUUUGUCUAAUGCGCCCAUACUCAGAUAUGUGGAAAAAAUAGUGGCAUACCUGUGACUGAUAUACCAUUGCCUUAUCUAGAUUGAAAAGUACAGUGUACAACACUUUAAAAUACAACUGUAUGCAAAGAAAGUGUUGUUUGUAGUAAACAUUUUUAAUGA